UUCAGUUUCUCAAUGUCGUUACCAACUUUCAACCGGUGACUGGUAAAAGCAUUAUUCAGUAUUUACACCUUUUUUAGAAAUAAAUUAAAGUAAUUUAUUGUUAUUUCUGUAUCUUUUAUUAUUGUUUGGAUUCGACCGGUUGAUAUAUCCUUCAUUUUUUCGUCAUUGGAAUUUUUAAGUAAUAAUUUCAAAUUUGUAUUAUUUCAGAUCUGGAUUAGUUGCUCGUACCUCAAACAAGGCCUAUCUUAUAACGUUCACGAGCAAACAACCUACCUGCCAACUGCCACAAUGUCAGAUUCAGUAGGUUGGUGUUUAAUUGAAAGCGAUCCCGGCGUGUUUACAGAACUAAUUCGUGAACUUGGUGUGACAGGUGCUCAAGUCGAAGAAUUAUGGACAUUGGACAACAGCUUGUUUGAAACGAUCAAGCCUGUUCAUGGUUUAAUAUUCCUUUUCCGGUGGAUAGGAGAAGAUCAACCUGAUGGGCAAAUUGUCAGGGAUUCGAGAGUUGAAAAGUUAUUCUUUGCUAAGCAGGUUAUUAAUAAUGCUUGUGCUACACAAGCUAUAUUAAGUGUAUUAUUAAACUGUCGUCAUCCAGAUAUUGAACUUGGAAAAACUUUAAGUCAAUUCAAAGAGUUUUCUCAAAAGUUUGACGCUAAUAUGAAAGGUUUGGCCUUAAGUAAUUCACAACAAAUUCGUUCUGUGCAUAAUUCUUUUGGAAGAAGCAAUUCUAUUUUUGAGUUUGAAGAUAGUGCUAAGCCAAAAUCUAAAGAUGAUGAGGCUUAUCAUUUUGUUGCUUUUGUGCCUAUUGAUGGUCGUCUUUAUGAGUUAGAUGGAUUGCAAGAAGGUCCAAUUGAUUUAGGGUUAAUAAAACCAAAUACAUAUUGGGUUGAAGCUGCUAAACCAUUUAUUGAAAAAAGGAUAAAUAAAUAUAAGAUAGGAGAAAUUCAUUUUAAUUUAAUGGCAGUAGUAUCUGAUAGGAAAUUAAUUUUGGAACAACGGCUAUUGAGUCUACAAACAGAAGAAUUGGAUGAAGCAACCAAAAUCUCUGAAGAAAGUAACAUUCGUAUGAAAAUUGCUGAUGAAGAAGAUAAAAUGAAACGAUACAAAAUUGAAAAUGCUCGGCGUAAACAUAAUUAUUUGCCAUUAAUUGUGGAAAUAUUGAAACUCUUAGCCAAAGAUGGAAAGUUGGUACCAUUGUACGAAAGAGCUAAAGCAAAAACUUUAGAAAAAGAAAAAGAAAAAAUUGGCAAAGCUUAGUCAAAAUUAUGUAUUAUGAUCCCAUGAUAACCUCACUAGAUUAAAACAAAAAAUU